AUGCCCUACUUGAACCCAAAUCGUAAGAAAUUCACGCGCCCAGAAAACCGUGACAGCCUAUUGAUUUUGGAACAAUACAAUACGAAUAUGAAUCCUGUGGCUGCAAUGAAGAACACUCAGAAGCUGACUAGUGAAUCAACGGAAGAUCAGCAAGACCACCGUCAUCUUUUUCAGCUCUACACCAAUUUGGAACACAACGAUUAUUCUUCACCCCCUCCAGCCAAACGUGAAAGACGUUUUACUUCACGAACGAAAAAACACGAGUCGAACGCCACAGUGACAAAACUUACGGCGAAUGUGGUGUCCGAAGUUGAUAUGAAAGGAGUUCCGCGUAGCUCCUGCCAUUCAUGUGACUCAUUUGGCUUUCCCGCAGUAGAUACACAGCGAUUAGCAGCAAACAUCCCUCAGUUUCACUGUACGGACCGUGAAAUGUAUAUGCCAUACACGAAGUUAAAACUAGCCUCAGGAUGGAUGGAUAGAAAAAGUGUAUUUCCCUUCGUGGCACAGGAUGAAUCGACAGAUUUCGGCGCAUCUUCCGAUCCAUGGUUGACACUGGGAUAUGCGGCAAACAUGAGUUAUAAUAAUCCUACAAAUUUGAGUACAACCGAUCACUGCUUUCCAAUGACUUUGGCCUAUAUGAGUUCAGAUUACGUGAACGCAUCCCCCACUCCCUGUGGCGAAACUCAUAUAUUUGGCCACAAGCCUCCAGAGCAACCUGCUGGUGAUCUCUCCAUCAUCAGGAACUCAGAUAAGGCGCACCCACGAGCCCAGGUCAUCAGUCUAGAGAAUCCCACUUUUCAGAGCCAUAUGGGCCACACAGAGAACCAGCAUAUAGUAGGCAGGUGUCAACACCAAGAUAUCCACACCCCUCUACCAAUCAGCUUCACUCAACCAUGA